AUGGAAAGCGAUAACAGUGAAGUGAUAACACUACACAAUCAUGAUGUAAAAAAAAAACAGGGUAAAGUUGAGGUGAAACGUUCUCAAUCAUCCCGGGCAAGAGAUACAUCCUGCACCGCAACUAUCCAUAUUCGGUUAGAGCGUAAACGACUCCUAUUCACCCAUCCCUUAGAAAUUAACUUGAAAUAUACUCACAAUCAUGUCACUGCAUCUGAUAUUUAUAGUAUUGCAAUUCUUAUGUGGGAAAUUUCAUCUGGACAACCACCAUUUAUAAAUUAUGAACAUGAAAAUGAUAUUGUAAUGAAUGUUAUUAACGAUAUAAGACCAAAAAUUGUGCCAGGAACUCCAUUAGAAUAUAAAAAUUUAAUGAAAGAAUGUUGGGAUGCUGUUCCAUUAAAAAGACCUGACGUUUAUGCACUUGAGAAAAGAAUGAGAAGAAUUAACUUAGAUUAUCAAAAUAUGACAGAUGAAUUAUUCAAAUCAGAAAUGGAUGAAUAAAGUAGAAGAAAAUUAUACGAGUAGCAGAUUAUUUACAAGUAAAAUUCACAACUUUGAAAAUCUACCUGAACCAAGAAAUGCAACAGAAGAAGAACAAGAAGCGUUUCAUAGUAAAUUGUAUAAAUUGUAUGAUUUUAACAUUCCUAACGAUAGUAA